GCAGCUUCUAGGGAACUGCUAGUUCGGGAUCCAAGCGUAAAGGCUGCGUUAACGUGGACCAGGGCUGGAGAGCUGAGCCCUCGGUGGGUGGUCUCCCUCUCUCUCUCCCCGGGCCAAGCCGGAGGAGUCUGAGAUCGAAUGUAGCCCACUGCUUUUCGCCAUCCAUUCAUUCGACUGGAGUGUGAUGACCCGCCCCCAGCAGAACCAGGCCCCUCCCCUCCUGCCCUGCCUGGUCCAGCUAGGAAGCUCAGGAAACUGGGGAAAUCCUGUGUUCCGAUCGUACCGAAGGUAGGACCGAAGCCAGCAGCAGCUACCCAGUUCCCGGCAGACUGAGAAAUGAGAAAAAUACCAAACCAUGGGACUCUGCGGAUGACGAAGGUGGCAUACCCCCUCGGGCUGUGUGUGGGGCUGUUCAUCUAUGUUGCCUAUAUCAAGUGGCACCGGGCCUCUGCUGCCCAGGCCUUCUUCACCAUUGCUGGGGCUGCCUCAGGGGUACGGUGGACCCAGCAGGCCUUCAGCUCCCCAGGCUCAGCUACGCGCAGUCAUGAGGUCUUCUAUGGGAUCAUGUUUGAUGCUGGGAGCACCGGCACGCGCAUCCAUGUCUUCCAGUUUGCCCGGCCACCUGGAGAAACUCCCACCUUGACCCAUGAAACCUUCAAAGCACUGAAGCCUGGACUCUCUGCUUAUGCUGAUGAUGUUGAAAAGAGUGCUCAGGGGAUCCAGGAGCUUCUGAAUGUUGCUAAGCAACACAUUCCAUAUGACUUCUGGAAGGCCACCCCUCUGGUCCUCAAGGCCACAGCUGGUUUGCGACUGCUGCCAGGAGAAAAGGCUCAGAAGUUGCUGCAAAAGGUGAAGGAGGUAUUCAAGGCAUCACCCUUCCUUGUAGGGGACGACUGUGUUUCCAUCAUGAAUGGCACAGAUGAAGGUGUUUCAGCAUGGAUCACUGUCAACUUCCUGACAGGCAGUCUGAAAACCCCAGGAAGCAGCAGUGUGGGAAUGCUGGAUUUGGGCGGAGGAUCGACUCAGAUCACCUUCCUCCCGCGUGUCGAGGGUACCCUGCAAGCCUCCCCGCCAGGCCACCUGACAGCGCUGCAGAUGUUCAACAGGACGUACAAGCUGUACUCCUACAGCUACCUGGGGCUGGGACUGAUGUCGGCACGACUGGCUAUUCUGGGUGGUGUGGAGGGGAAGCCUGCUGAGAAUGACAAGGAACUGGUCAGCCCUUGUCUGUCUCCCCGGUUCAGAGGAGAGUGGGAGCAUGCCGAGGUCACCUACAGGAUUUCAGGACAGAAGGCAGUGGGCCUCUAUGAACUGUGUGCCAGCAGGGUGUCAGAAAUCCUCAGAAAUAAAGUGCACAGGACAGAAGAGGUGCAGCAUGUAGAGUUCUAUGCUUUCUCCUACUACUAUGACCUUGCAGCGAGCUUUGGCCUUAUAGAUGCAGAGAAAGGAGGCAGCCUUGUAGUUGGAGACUUUGAGACAGCAGCCAAGUAUGUGUGCCGCAUCCUGGAGACACAGCCACCAAGCAGCCCCUUUGCCUGCAUGGACCUCACCUAUAUCAGCCUGCUGCUCCGGGAGUUCGGUUUUCCCAAGGACAAGGUGCUGAAGCUGGCUCGGAAAAUUGACAACGUUGAAACCAGCUGGGCUCUGGGGGCUAUUUUUCAUUACAUCGACUCCCUGAAGAGAGAAAAGAUUCCUGCCUUGUAGCAGCCAAGCCCUAGUCCCCACCCUAGCCGGAAUUCCAAGGCUCCCAACUCCACCUACUCCUCUGUCCAGGAAGUGACGCCUUCCUCGCGGAGCCUGCACCUGGCUAGGACCCUCCUCUGUGCCUGCGGUAUUUGUCUGGGACCUGGCCCAUCCGCUAGCCCUGCUAUACCACAUUAGCUGGGGCAGGGCCAGGAUAGGAAUGCUGCCUGGCCUGAGGCCAUCUCCUGCCUUGCCUCCAAGUGGGCAGGGAACCAGGUGGGGCCCAGGGCACAGACUGAGAUAGAGAUGCAGCCCUGUUCUUAUCCCGUCCAUCUGCAGGACUGUGGCUGCUUUUAUGUGUAUCUAUAACACGGGUCUUGUUUUGUCUCCGGCCCCUGUUCCUCCUUGAGCUAAGCCUCUCUCUGCCCUCCCUGAGUUGUGGGAGAUGGAAUAGACUGGCCCAGACACAGUGCAAUCUCCAGGGGACUGCAUCUGGAGUGCGUCCAUCCCUUCCUCAGGAUAGAUGUGACAUUACCUGGAGGUCUGCUGUUCCAUCUCUGGAUGGCAUGGCAUUAACUGAUGUGGGGACACUGAGUAGGAAGAAGGUGGGACAAUGCCUCUUCAUAGCCCCAGUGUUCCAGCUUUGCAGAGCAUGUGGUUAGGAGCGGAACUAUGAGAAUGUUCAGGGUCGUGUGCUCAAGCACUACCCUGUGAGCUGUGAGUGCUUUAUGUUAAAACUGAGCCCCCUUUUUGGACACAACUAUGUCCCAGUGAAUGUAUUACUGCUAUGAGCCACUUGCAGACCAGUGGGGCCGAUCAGAAAGCUCAGCCCUGGAUCCAUCCUGCCUCUUCCCUCACCCUUCUUACUGGGCUGCAGCUGGCUCCCUGUGGUCCCGUCAGUGAAUGUACAGUCUAUAGAAUAAGCUGAGCCACCGCUGUUCUACUCUGAAUAAAGGUUUACAAGGGUU